GGCUGAGGGAGGUUGGGUUAUAUCAUUCGCAAAGUGCAGGGUAAAAACUUCCCAACUUCUUUUCAGGACUUAACAGCUCAGAGUCAGAGUCAGAGAGGUCUACUCAAAAUCAAACACUUAUUCACUAAAAUUCCGUCUUCCUACUUCUUUGACCUCUGCAGCAGAACGCAGUUUCUCCAGGAAACUUGGGUUCUUCGCUAGAAUUAGGGGUUUAGGGUUUCGCUAGAAUUGGGGUUUAGGGUUUCUGUUCUGCGCUGGUGGGGUUAGGGCUUUUUUUUUUUUUUUUUUUUUUUUUUGGUUUUGAUUUUAGGGGUUAAUUGUUUUGGAAUUUUGAGGUAUGGACCGUGAUCAAGCAAAGCUCUUCGUUGGUGGUAUCUCGCGGGAUACGAGUGAAGAUACGCUGAAAGACCACUUCGACAAGUAUGGCGCCGUUAUGGGUUCCGUGGUUGCCAAGGAUAAGACCACCAAGAAUCCUAGAGGCUUUGGGUUCGUUUGGUUCUCUGAUCCUUCUUCUGCUGAUAAAGCUCUGACCGAUACGCAUGUCAUUGGAGGAAGAACGGUAGAAGUGAAAAAGGCAAUACCCAGGAAUGAACAAUCCAAAAACCAACAACUGAGUAAUGGGAUGAGUAUGAGUGACAAUAACAGCAAUCAGAUUAGGACUAGGAAGAUUUUUGUAGGAGGUUUACCUACUGAUCUAACUGAAGAAGAUUUUAAGAAUUACUUUGAGCGUUUUGGUAGGGUAACAGAUGUAGUGGUGAUGCAUGAUAGCAUGACCCACCGGCCUAGAGGUUUUGGUUUUAUCACUUAUGAUUUAGAGGAUUCUGUUGAGAAUGUUAUGCAGAAUAGUUUUCAUGAGUUGAAUGGUAGGCUUGUUGAGGUAAAGAGGGCUGUGCCAAAAGAGGAAAAUAAUUGGAAUGGGAAUGGUUAUUACGUGAGAAAUGGGGGUGGAAGAGGAUCUUCUGGUAAUGUUUAUCCUCCUGGUAAUUACUCGCCUUAUGGUCCUAGAUAUGCUCCUAAUCAUGCACCAGCACCGUAUUUUGUUUACAAUGGUUAUGGGAGUUUUUACAAUGGAACGGGUGUUUAUAAUGGUUGGUAUCCUGGAUUUGAUUAUGGGGUUGCUCCAAUUGCUAAUGGGUAUGGCCGGGGUAAUGGCGUUAGGGCAGGCUUGUUUCCUUAUGGCAAUACUUCUGUCUAUCCAGCCUACAUGAAUGGUGAUGUUUCAGCUAUUGAUUUGGCAGCAGUUGCAUGGCCUGGAGUUAAUGUGAAAGUAAAUCAGGUUUUCCUUGGCAUUGGACGUUCACUACAUUCUACUGAAGGCGGAAAGCAGGAGGCUAAUCCUUUGAGUGAUGCUGCUUCUAGCAAACAGGACUAAAAUGGGAUAAUUUAAUUUUAAGCGUAAAUUCUCACACUGAUGGAGUUAGGGCUAGCUAAUUGUCACUGCUCAGAUGUUUAUUUAUUUAUUUUUAAUUUAGAUUUAUGUUUUAUAAAGAUGCUGUUGGUUGCUUUUUAAUGAAUUUGUAAGUACAGGAAUUAAGACUACUGUAAUAUAAUUCCACUCACAUUCAGUAAAGGCAGCUCUUUUUCAA